CGCUACAAGGGGUUUCCACGGCGCGUGACUGGCGUGGCGUUGCGGCCACCUCCCGCGUCAAACCUGUGCGUCAAGCUGCACGCACUUUAUCAGGAGUACUCUCCGUGAUUUGUUGCAGCGAACAAUUGGUCUUUUGAGGCAGCUAUCUUAUCGAUUCACGAGUUUCCGGCCGUGAGCGACGCUACUCGCCGUUUCGCUGACAAAUAGUUGAGAGCAGACUCGAAGCCGGCGAAGGAGAGCAUACAGGAGUUGUUUUCUGCGGAUGCCGUUCUCCCCACAGGUGGACAACACAGCGAGUCUGAAGAAAUACUUACGUAACAGCGGUUGGUGUCACCGAGUCACGAAAGUAGAGACGCUCCGCCGUGACGUGUACAUUUCCCUGCGGCAAUGUCUACGGGAAAUCGUUCAUCGAGUAGCUGACGCAAGCCAACAUCAAAGCUUUUGUUCACCGGUUCCAGAAAAGGACAUUUCACCAAGUCCUAGUUUAUUGAAAAACGUGUGCACGACGAUUGCAGGCUGAAAAUUGCUCGCUUAUAACUGCAGUUCCCUCGCAAAUCUUUUCAGCCUCCACUCGCUGUCUUAAUUUGAGCGAACACUUGAGAAUCCUAACUGCAAAAGUACAAAGCAAAACCUCUUUAUCAGCGUAUCAAACAUGGCGGACGGAGUCACGAAUGAAGCUGACACCCAAGAUACCGAAGUAAUGGAUCUCUUCCGGAAGGGGCUCGAGCAACACGUACGUCACGGCGACCGCGACCAAGAUUUUACCGACGUUAACGCUGAAAGCACGCAACGCAAAGGCGCCGAGCUCAGUUACACCGAGAACCUUUCCGAGAAGGAUGCUGCCGUGCUCCGGCGAAUGCUGACAACGGGACCACCCGUGAGGCAGCUCACUCUGUGGCAAAUCUCGCUGGCGGCCUUCAAGAUCGCCUUCCAAGACCUAAAAGAAUGCCCCUCACUGAAAGAAGUCUACUUUCUCCUCAUCGACUGCGAAGGCAAGGAGUUGUGCAUCAGCGACUCCGGAGUGUUUGGAAACCUGCGAACCUUAGACCUGCGCUGCGACAACGCGGGGAACGCAUUCGCCAAGGACAUCGCAAAUUACAUCCGACAGAACAAGUCGUUGAGAGAGCUGAGCCUUUGGAACUCCUGCGGCGGUGACGAAGGUGCCGCAACCCUCAUCGAAGCCCUGGCUGCGAACGACACCCUCAAGAAGCUCACCCUAGCAUCGAUGGAGCUGUCUCCCGACACCUUGAUAGGCUUCGCGAGGAUGCUGACGUCCAACACGACGCUAGAGUUGGUGGACCUCUUUGACGUGUGUCCCGCGCAAAAGGGCAAACUGACGCCCUUGUUAGAGCAGGAACUGUGCGCGGAUGUCUUCAAGAGGCUGAAGAUCCUGUGGCCCCAGGAGCUCCUGCCAGAACUCACCACGCUUCUCCGCAAAGGAUUGUGCUAUACAGACCUUUCAGUCAGUGUGACGUCGACUGUCGAAGAAGUAGUUCUUCGGGAGUUCUUCGACGCGGUGGCCGCGGACAAGACGCUUCGCACGCUCCACUUUUAUCCCAGCGAGGACAGCUUCGACGCACUGGCCGAAGGCAUUGCGUCCGUAGUGAGGAGUACGACCACGCUUCGAGAAAUCUGCAACCUCAUGAGAGUGAAAAAGGGCAAAGAGCACCAACUCGUCGCCGUCCUUGAGGCCUUGAAAGAGAACAGUUCCGUUAGGGCGUUCACGAUGUACGCCGAACUGCUAAAUGGAGAAAUAGUAAAAUCGCUGUCAGAGUUGCUCGCUGUGAACAGCACGUUGAAGGAAAUUUCCAUCUGCGAGUACUGGGGAAUCUUGCCUGACCAGGUGGAUACCAUUCUGCAAGGUUUGAGGAAGAACUACACCCUGACGAGCCUCAUGGUUUCCUGGGACCCCGAUGACUCCGAUGACUCCGAUGGAAUCGCCGAGAUGGAAGAGCUCUUGAAGAGGAACGCUCGUCUACGAAGCAAAACUGCGGAGUGCCCGAGUUCGGAUUCUCGUGACGUCAGCGAAGCAAAAGCCGUGGAUUGAAAAAUUGACUUGACUUUGGACUAAAAGAAAAUGCGGAAAAGGACCAAACACUGAAAUCUUCAAAGUUGUAACCAUUUUAUGUGUGAUGCCCUGCCGUAAGUAAACAGGUUCACGAACACACAUUCGUAGCAUUUAUGAUUUAGUAUUCCGGAAUAACUUCAUAAUUGAAGUGGCUUUUCAGGUACAUACCAACACCACCUCCUCUUUUGUUAAGUCGUGACACCGAUAUGCAGUUGUAUCCCGAAACGCAUACGUCAGGGCAGUCAUUGGAAAACCAGGAUUCGGUGAAUGCCAAGACGUCAAAUUCGUGAUCUAAGUUGUCUAAAAAAGGUUAAUAGAAUCACGUUUGUUUCUUAAACUUCGUGCGUUAAGGUGAAGCAAAGAAAAUUGCUUGGCGCCACGUAGGGCCUUGAGACGCCUAAAUGAAACAGCAUCAAGAUAGCAUAUUUUAUUGUGUGUAGCCACGUGCUUACAUGGCACAAGAAAAAAAAGGGAGGUGGGGGGAUAUUCUUAGAGCUUAUGAGAUCGAGGUCACUGGCUGUCUUAUUCCGUAAUACUCUGUCGCGUUGACUAAGCCGAACAAAUAAUUUGCCGUCCUAGACCCAGGCGAAUUGAUUUUCCACUUCUCUUGCCUUUGUUUUCACUUGCCAGAAAAGCCGCUUAUUCUCAGCAGUGAAAUUUUCUUGUUCUUGUUCACCAAUAGCUCGUGGUGCAUAUCUACUGCGGGGAAUCGGAGCCUAGAAUUGAGUGAUCUUAUAAAAUAGUACGCAGCUUUAGAAUACUGGAGCUUAUAUAAUAGGAAGAUCGCAGAUUGCCGGAAAUUAUGUUCAUUGAUCAAACGCAUAUAAUUAUUUAAAUUAAAAACAAUUAUUCCUUAAAUUAGAGUAGUACGUAUAUACUGUUGUAUACAUGUUAGGGUAAUAAUAAUACCGAUUAUAUAGUCAACCGUUUAGUUUUAUUAUUACAGUCCCUGAUCGCCGCGCAUACCUUGGCACUGGAGAACUUAGAAAUAGAGACUCCAAAAUACAAAAUUAGUGGCACAAACAAAUUCAUAACAAUACCACGUAAAUUCAUUUCUAAAUGAAUUUUUCAUACUGCACUAAACCGCCUGUAGGUCAAAAAUAAAUGAUCUACUGUUUCCAAUGCA